AUGUUUCUUUUCAAAUCGCUAUUUCUAAUCUUGAUCUAUGUACCAUCAAUCCUUUCUUGUUCAUGUAUUUCAUUAUCAAUUGAUGCUGAAUUUUAUCAAUCAACAAUUAUUUUCAUUGGUCGUAUCAUUUCUUCAAGUAUAAAAGAUUUCAAUUCAGUUAUGGGUUAUGCUCAAAUGACGAUGGAAGUUGAAGAAUCAAUUAAAGGAAUAAAAGUUGGUGAUUUUAUCACUAUUCAAUCAUAUUUAGAAGGUUCAAUGUGUGGUAUGGGAAGUCUUUCAAAUGGCUCACGAUGGCAAAUUUGGUUAACGACGGAUAAUUUUAUUAAUCUUUGUUCAAGAAAUACACAAAAUGUUAAUAAAGAUAUUGAUAUUCUUCGUAAUUUCGCUUUAGAGGAACGAUUAAACAUUGUAAAAGAAAACAAUGUUACGAAGGAAACUGAUAUUCGUAAAAAUACUGAAGUUGAUUCCAAAUUGAAUGAUUGGUAUGAAUAUGAAAUCGAAGAUGAAAUUCCUUCUCAAGACAUUCGUGAAGAAUAUUUUCGCGAUUCGAAUAAAAACUGGGUACCAUUCUUUUCUUCAUCGACGUAUAAGACAAUCAUAAAAAUGACUCUCUACUUGGUAUUGUUCGCAUUGAUUCAAAUUACAUCGACAACAACCAAUCAAUCAAAAUGGUCUAAUACAAGUCCACUUCAUUAUGGGCGGUCUAUGCAUGCAACUUCCUUAUUAAAAAAUGGGAAUGUAUUAGUUACCGGUGGAACAUCGGGAGAUUUUUUACAUUCUACAGAAUUGUAUCAUCCAUCAACAGGUAAUUGGACAAAAACUGGUUUGAUGAAUAAUGGACGAUAUCAACAUGCAUCAGUGACAUUAAAGAAUGGAAAAGUUUUAGUUAUGGGAGGAAUGGAUGAUCAUAUCGGUAUAUCUGGUACUUCUGAAUUGUAUAAUCCAUUAACAAGAAAUUGGACAUUUACUGGUAAUCUACGAAAUCCACGAUAUAUGCAUACAGCUUCACUUUUACCAAAUGGAAAAGUUCUUAUUGUUGGUGGAUGGGGCCUUGAUGAUAUACACAGUAGUGCAGAAUUGUAUGAUCCAUUGACAGGAAAUUGGACUCUUACUGGUAGUAUGAAUAUAAGUCGAUAUCAACAUACAGCAUCUGUAUUAUCAAAUGGUAAAGUAUUAGUAAACGGUGGAUUUACUAAUGGUGAAGGUUUUCUUCGUAGCAGUGAAUUAUAUGAUCCAUUGACAGGAACAUGGAAAAUAGUAUCUAGUAUGCCAUAUCCAACACGUCUACAUGCAACUGUGUCAUUAAAAAAUGGAAAAUUAUUAGUUACUGGUGGAUUUAAUGAAGAUCGAGAUGCUGUAAAAAAUGCUACUGUAUUUGAUCCAUCAACAGAAACUUGGACACCGACUAAAAGUAUGCAAAAUAUACGAGGUAUGCAUACAGCAUCUCUAUUACCAAAUGGAAAUGUGUUAGUCGCUGGUGGAUGUCUUACUAGUAUUUAUUCUAGUGGAAUAAAAACUGCGGAAUUAUAUAAUCCAAUAGCAAAAAAAUGGACAAAUACUUGUAGUAUGCAUGACAAUCGAUGGUCUAACACAGCAACUGUAUUACACAACGGAGAUGUCUUAGUUGUUGGUAAUUCGAACAUUGCUGAACUAUAUAAUUCAUCUACAUAA